AUGUCAGAUAAACAAAGACGAACACUUCCGCCCUCAGGUCCCCGUUCAAGUAGAAGACCACAAGGUGAUUGGGUCAGAGAAAAGGAAAGAGAUUAUGAUAAUGAGAGAGAUAGAGAUAGAGAUAGAGACUCCCGUGAUCGUGAUCGGGAUUUUGAUCGUGAAUAUUCUCAUGAAUCAUCUCGUGAUGGUGGAUAUCUGAAUGGGUCCAAAUACAGAAGUUAUAAAUCUUCAUCAUCUUCAUCAUCAUCAAAAUAUUAUGGAGGUCCAGGAGAUCCUCGCAGAUAUUCAGAAAGAGAUAAUUAUCGCCCUGGAAGAAAUUUUGAACAAGAAUCUAAUGGAGCAAAUUCCCAUAAUACGAAUAUUCCUCCAAGAUCACGUCCCCUGGGUCCUUCAGGAGCUAAAAGACCUUUUCCUGCAGAACCAAGGAGCUUUAGAGAUGAAUCAUCACGUAAAAGACAUGAAGUUGACGACCUGAGGGAAGAUCUGGGUUCCAAAAAAGUUAAUCUUAUUGCAUUACCUCGGGGUCCUAGAUCUGAGCUGACACAAUUAACAACCCCUUCAGGUCCUUCUGCUGGGAGAAUAAAAGGCAAGUUUGGUAGAGGAGGAUAUUCUUUCAAAGGUUCUGAACGUCCACCGAGACCUACUGGACCUUCAGGUGCUGUUUCAGCAUCAAGAUUUCAUAAUAGUGCUGAUUCGUCUAAAAGUGGUGCUGUUGUACCGCUGAAAACUAGAUCAGUGGCUCCAAAGUAUAAAAAAUCCCAAGUUUAUUCCGUCAAGAUUGAAAGAGGUGAUGAAGUAUUCAAGAGAGUUCAACAAGUCGGAGAAGGUACAUAUGGUAAGGUUUACAAGGCCAUUAAUGUUAUCACUCACGAGCAUGUUGCUUUGAAGAAAUUGAGAUUAGAAAGCGAAAGAGAAGGAUUCCCUAUAACUGCUAUCCGUGAGAUGAAAUUACUCCAACUGUUUGAUCAUCCUAAUGUUAUUGGACUUUUGGAAAUGAUGGUGGAAUACAACUACAUAUACAUGAUAUUUGACUAUAUGGAUCAUGAUUUAACAGGAUUGUUAACACAUCCUGAUUUACAUUUACAAGAACUGCAUCGGAAACAUAUGUUUAAGCAAUUAAUGGAAGGUUUAGAAUACCUACAUAAGAAAAGAGUUAUUCAUCGUGAUAUCAAAGGUUCUAAUAUUCUUUUGGAUAACAAAGGCGCUUUAAGAAUUGCUGAUUUUGGGUUGGCUCGUACGAUGAAGAUAGUUCAUGAAGGUGAAUCACCAGAUUACACCAACAGAGUGAUAACUAUUUGGUAUAGACCUCCAGAAUUGCUUUUAGGACUGACAGAUUAUGGAAGAGAAGUUGAUAUUUGGGGAGUUGGGUGUCUUUUAAUUGAAUUAUACACCAAAGUAUCACCGUUCCAAGGUUUUGAAGAAAUUGGACAAUUGUAUCGAAUUUUCAGUAUAAUGGGAACCCCAACACUUGAAAAUUGGCCUGAUAUUGAUAAGUUACCUUGGUUUGAAAUGCUUCAACCUGCAGUACACAAGUCCAGUACAUUUCACGAAAAAUAUUCAACUGUUUUAAGUGAACAAGCAUUUGAUUUGGCUCUGAAAUUACUUACAUUAAAUCCCAGUCAACGUUAUACGGCUACACAAGCGUUAGAACAUCAAUAUUUCCGUGAAGAUCCUCAACCGGAGCCAUUAACUGAGAUACUUCUGACCAUCGAAGGAGAAUGGCAUGAGUUUGAAACCAAAAAGCAACGACGGAAGGAACGUAAAAGACUUCAAGAUUUGGCUAAUACUCAAGCUAAAGAGAAGGAAGGACCUACGAAGGAGGAAGGCACUGUUAAUCCUCAGACAAAUGAAAUUGCUCCACUGCUUUUACCCAGUGUUAGUAUGAAUACCAGCGUUCGAGAAGAGACCAGUUCCCUUGGGAUGGCAUAG